AUGAACAAGGAUGCUCUCAUCAAGUAUGGCGUGCAACAAGUCUUAGCACCUUACCGCCCAAAAGCUCCAGGAUCCGAGCUGCAGAAACAGACCGUUAUUGAAAUGGAGGCAUCGCAACAAAAAAAGAGAUACUUUUGGCAACGUAAACCUGAUCCCUUGGACUACCUCACACCACACGAGAGAGCCGUGCUGAAGAAGGUCAAGAAACAGGCGCGUUGGCUUGACAAGGGCAUUGGCUGCUGUUGCUGUCAAGUGGGUGUGGAUCCCAUUAUUGGAGAAGGAAUACAAGUAUUAACGUUGGUUACAGUGAUUGGAGAUUUUGCUGGGAUGUUGCUUGCAUUAUACCUCGUGCAAAUAGCCAUGCAAGUUGACCUGCCACAGCCCGUGGUCUCUCAGAUGAUGACAAAUGUUGUAUUGGAUUUUUUGGUUGGAUUGGUUCCUAUCGUGGGUGAUUUGAUGGAUAUCGCUUUCAAAUGCAACACUCGGAAUGCUGUUUUGCUGGAGAAUCACUUGUACAAACGUAUACAGCAACGACAACAGGAACAACGACGACAACAACAUGAUCCCAAUGAGCCAUCCUCAUCAGCUACAACCACAUCUCCUCCAACUGAACCUUUAUUACAAGCCUCAACAUCCAAUACUACACCCGCUAAACCAUCGACAUCCGUUUCAGGGAAAAAGUGA